AUGGCUUCCAAGACUUCUGGCCCUCAGAUCUUUGAUGAUGCGAGUCGUGGACCCGCCCGGUCGUCGGUAUUUCGCUCCAUAAUGUCCAAGCAGCACAAAAGACAACAGUCUGCCGAUGUUGCGAGGAAUCCACAACAGUCUCCACGACUACCUCCACAACAGUCUCCGCGACUGCCUCAACAACUCCCGCAUCAACUGCCUCCACAACAGUCCAGCAUCAAUCAAAAUGAACAUGCACCAUUCCCAUGGACACAGCAGCCUGCGCCUGAGCCCGGCCACCUCCCAUUGUCCGAAAUAGUUCCUAACCGCGAUUUUUGGGGAAACGACGGUCUAGCCUCUGAACCCGGACCAAAGCCAGGUAAGGGUGCGCUGCACAAAAAGACAAAGAGUUCUGUCUCUCUGAAAUCACUGAAGAGCUACAUGGAGCGGAAGGAUCCUCGGUCUGAGGACGUCCCACGUCGGGGGUCAGAUGAGAUAAAGCCAAAGAAGACCAAAUCUACAGCCAGUCUCUCGGCCAUCCUGAAGCGAUCACAGCGUGGACACAAAGGUGAUGGCCAGAAGGAUGGCCAGAAGCUCAGUCGUGACAAAGAGAACAGAAGCCCCAUAGAUCUUGUCGACGGCAUGCCAUCCCCAAUUUGGCCCCAAGGCACGAACCCACUAUAUGUUCCGCCUAUGCAUCAACCUCAUCAAAGCUCGACAGCAAGCACAGCGGGCCACCGGAGAAGUGUGGCAGAAGAGCUUGAGCUCUACACACCCAAGGGCUACAGUCCAGCUCAGCAACGCAACUUUUGUGAUUACCAGCAGCCAUCUCUUUCGAAAACGGGUGAAGGAAAGCACCGACCAAAGUCGGAAUACGUUCAAAGUAGCCGAAAUCUGAACGCAAUGACGCUCAAUAUCCCUCGAAACUCAUUUGACGAUAGAGUAGCGGUUGAUCGAGUCAGUGUUGCUUCCCCCAGAGAGUCCAUGUUUGAGAGAGCCAAGAACAUGCCUCUUCCACCUUCUCCUACAAAAUCAGCUGGCCCACCUUCACCCACCAAAUCUGUCGGCUCGCCUUCUCCAAUGAAGGAAAACCAACACAGCCCGAAGAAAAUAUCUCGAGUGCAGGCUGCAAUAUCUGUCUUCAAUGCAAAGGAGAAGGACUUGGAUGUAAAGAAACACCUUGACUCGAAAGAUCUCGAAAAUGAAUUUGAGAAGUUGCUGGAUGCUAGAAAUAUUCCUCACAACAUGCGUGACAAGAUGCGAUCUCUUGAUACCAACAUCAAGGCUGACUUCAUCCAGAAGGAUCGAAUUGAAAAUGGCACUCCUCACAGUGCGAAUGGCAGCGACAGCAGUCGUCGUGGACGUGGAAAUGAAUCAAAAGAUGACCGCCCUCAAGAUCGUAAAAUCUCUCGAUCUCACUCUAGAAAUCAUGGUUUUACCUUGCGAGGCUCUGCAUCUCCCGGCAAAAAGCCACGCCCAGAGAGCGGAGGUAGCUUUCAUCGUCCGCGGUCGGUGGAUUUGUCUCAGCCUGUAGGUGUGUACACGACUCUUCAUCCUGGUGGUUCUGUUGCAUCCUUCUCAGAUGUAGCCGCCGUGGAUACAGCUGCGGAUCCUUCCGACUUUGUGCACUACCUACGAGAAAUUCAGAAACCAGAAAUGGUUGAAGUUGGAAAGUUGCACAAGCUACGUCUCCUUCUUCGCAACGAAACAGUCAGUUGGGUCAACGGCUUCAUCACCGAAGGAGGCAUGGAUGAAAUUGUUCAGCUUAUCUAUCGUAUUAUGAAAAUGGAGUGGCGAGAGGAUCACGAGGACACACUACUCCAUGAGGCGUUGCUAUGUCUGAAGGGCCUAUGCACCACUUCCAUCGCUCUGGCACAGCUUGCCAGCAUUGAGGGAGAGAUAUUCCCUGCGCUGCUUAAAAUGCUGUUUGACGAGGAGAAGAAGGGCCCGAGUGAAUUCACCACUCGUGGCAUCAUCAUCAACCUUCUUUUCACUCAGCUUGCUGAUGGGUCUCCGAGUGAGAUGCCUGCUCAACGAGCCAAGCGAAUCCUUUCCUACCUUCGAGAUCCUUCUCCAACAGAAGGCAAGCAGCCUGUGGCUUUUAUUGCUGACAUAUAUCAGUCUCGUCCCUAUCGGGUCUGGUGCAAAGAAGUAACUAACGUGACAAAAGAAGUGUUUUGGAUCUUCUUACACCACCUUAACGUCAUUCCACUACCCAAAAAGAAUUAUCAAUCGGAUGACACCUUUGUUGAAAUACGAGGAGGUUCAUAUGCACAGCGACAUUUCCCUCUACCUCGUCCGCCUGUGCCUGCAGCCCCAUACGUAGGCGGCGUUGAGUGGGAUGCAACCAACUAUCUGGCUGCUCAUCUUGAUCUGAUGAGUGGCUUGAUUUCCUUGCUACCUACUGUUGAGGAGCGCAACCAGCUUCGUGCGGAUCUGCGUGCUUCCGGCUUUGAGAAGGUUAUGGGGGCCACCCUUCGCACCUGUAAGGAGAAAUUUUACUCCUCUGUUCAUGAGUGCCUUCGAACUUGGGUCGCUGCAGCAGCCGAGGAUGGUUGGACUUACGUUUACGUGCGCGAGGGCCCUUCUCGUUCUAGUGAACCAGGAUCACCAACUAAGUCUCCCAAAAAGGCACCAGGAAGUCCAAAAAAGGGUCUUGUCGAUGAGAAGCCACCACAACUGAAUCUAGGAUUCGGAUUUGAUUUCUCCGAAAAUUACAACCCAACUGGCCCCGAAACCCCAUCGAGUGACCUUCGCAGCUGGCUUUGA